CACACGGGAUGCGACCGGUGAAAUAAAAGGGACAGCGCGUCUGAGUCGGAAACCAGCGCUCCCCAUUUCCGUUUUCGGCUCCAGCAUGUCAAGGAUCCGUAGUCUUCGAUGGGCGAUGGUGCUUUCCAUUUUAUUACAUUUUUGCCAGGCAUUUUUUGUUUUGUUUUGUUUGUUUUUCAGCUAUAUGCGGAACUCGUUUAUCGCGCGGUGUGCGGCAACGGCGAGCCACCGUACGUGCAAGCCAGCAGCGGGCGCCCAGCGCGAACUAUUAGUCAUGCAUUGUGAGAAAAGGAGCCGCGUCGCGCCGGCGCUGCUCAGAGCGAGGUGCGUCGCCUCAAACUGCGCGCCGCGAUGAACGACGUCGCCCAAUCACAAUGCCGCUGUCUCCCAAUGACGGGCUGCCGGAACCCGGGGCUGCCGCGCGCCCUGUUGUACGGCUUCAACGCGCUCUGGUGUCUGCUGGUCGUGGCGUCCGUGGGCCUCGGCUCGGCGUUGCACCAGGGCUACUACUUCAUCAGCAUCGGCUGCGUCGUGCUCAUCGUGGCCACUUGCGGCGCCUACAACAUCUACCGGACGUGCAGCGAGCAGAGCUAUGAGCAGGCGAUGGACGUGCUGGCGGGCCCGGAGGUCACUUGCUACGGCCCACCGCCGUCCUACGAGGAGGCCAUGAUUGGACAGACCGACGAGCCGCCCGAUUACGCGGAAGUGGUGCGCAUGCUCUGCCUGGCGAAGCAGCCGCUGCAGAACAGCACCGCGGAGUCGCAGCAACUGCUCCCGUGCGAGAUGAACUCGUGCGCUGUCCAAGGCGAGAAGUAGGGGUGCGGAAGGUGAACUGCAGUGUCUGACUCGGUGCGCGUGUACUUAGGCGUGUGGCCCUCGACGGAGUUGGCUCCAUCCUCGAAAACACGCAUUCGGCGAGCGAUGAAAAGGCUGAGCCGUGCGCAACGUUGGCCGUUGAAAAAAAUGGGCUUCUCGGAAGGGGGCGGUGGGCGAACACAACGGAUACCCACAGAAGGAACACGAAGGACAAAGGGCACCGAACAGAUCCAUACACAUUCUAUGUGCUCCAUGUGUGUUUUUAUUUGCUUGUUUACUUGGAAGCAAUCGCGCAACGCAACCAAGAGCAUUUCAUGUCUUCGCUCCCCCCCCUUUUUAAGUACACGAACUUCAGCAGCAUUUAAUUAAGUCGAAGGACGAGUUUCACCCGUCCAUCAGCCGCUCCCCUAAUUUUAGGACUUAAAUGCGCCACUUUGCUUUCGCGGAUGAAGUCAGCUCAUCUUCAUCAUUCAGAACGUAACGAUCAGUUCACAAGGGUAGUGAACUUUGCAGCUGUUGGGUCAACAACGUAAUGUCACGUUGCCGUGACACGCCUGAGAGAUCGUAAAAAAGCUCGUCGGCUAACUUCCACUUCCUUGCCUUUCCAAAACGGAGUACAAGUACAAAACAGAGUCUUCGACGUUGUGUGUAAAUAUGGAUAUGUUGCGGAUUCUCGAGUCAUCGAGCAAGUGGCAGUAACGUCCAUUCGUCGUUGUCAGAUGGUGAUAGUGCCAAAGGGCAGUUGUAAAGGUACUGUACCUCGCGAGAAGUCUCUUGAUUCUAGCACUUGCAUCGUAAGAGUUGCAGUGUUCCAUGUGUGACUGUUCAAAACGGCAUGCCUAAGGUAGUGCAAUAACAAACACAUAUUUUAGAGUCAGUGGGUUUUGAUUACACGCGUGCAUAGUGUGUUUGUUGCUCGCCAAUAGCUUGUCAAUAACUCUUAAGUAUAGUCCGAUUGCAAGCUUGUUGUGCCAUGGAACUGGAGGUGCUCCGUGAUAGACGUUAGUCGGUGGUUGGUAUUCAUGAGCAACGACGAAGUAGCACGUAGCAAUGUUCAAUACACGCAUGAUAAGAGUGCCAACCGGCUAAAAUGUCUUUUCAAGUUACAUAACAACCCCUAUAAUUAAUGGACGCCCCGAACUGACAUGUAUUGCGGAGAAUGUAACCGAUAAUUCUACUCGUGUGCGAGGAAUCAACCUUUCUGCUCUCAACAAUCCGCCAUUUCGCUUCUUCCGUCCCCUCCGAGGUCCCUUCCAAACAACCACGCAGAGCCAGAAUGUGAAAUUUGCCCGCAUUCCGGCAAAUGCACAUUUUGAACCGGAACUUUCUUGGGCCAAUCGAUAAAGCAGCGUUCAAAGCAACCGACCGUUUGUUGGCGUUCCUGCUUCGGCCCCUGGCCAUGGUCGCAUUCGUGGUUGGUGACGUGUAUAAAGAAAGAGAAAAAAAAAAAGAAGGGAGAGAGAGAAAGCGGACGGUUGACGCCUCUUUCAGGGCAACCAGGAAAAUCACGCUUGGAUGGGAAUACAGAAGCCAAGAAGUGGCAUUGCGAGCCCUUGUGAGAAUUAAAUUUCUUUUUUCUGUAGCCUACCUUGCACUCACUCGUUAGCACUCAACUAUAGCGCGGAGAUACGCUUCUAUGGCCUGCAUUUCCAGAUAGGAAUAAAGAAAAAAAAAGAAAGAACAGUAAUCUUUGAGGCAGGUAUUUAGCCAGCGUGAAGGUCUGACACCGAUUAUUCUACCAUAUUUGAAACGGACUGGUAUAUGUAUAAAAUCCGCAGAUUUCCGCGAAAACUGCCGGGCUGCGUCCGUGAGGACGUUUCCGACUCGUGAUUCUGCUGAAUCCAGGAUCUGCUGCGUGGUCCGAUUAACCUGCUCAGUUCUUGUAAUCCAAAGAAGGAAUUCGCGGCUAUUUAACAAACAUCCAGGCAGUUUUAGUGUCUUUACCUCGACUUGCGGUUUCAGCUUCUGUAGCCGCUAGACAGUGGGCUGGUUCAGCGUCUGGCGCAGAUGGCGUGUUUUAUGUACGACCACGCUUCGCGUUCUGUGUUUUUCAAACGUUGCUAGCAUCUUCAUGGGUUGGUACUUCAGGCUGAUUUGCGUCCAACCGUUGCGGUGCCCCGCAUGCUCCUGAGAAGUUCUCAAGUACAUUUGUGAAUGACUGGCAGGUUAUUUCGUGGGACUGCAUGCUUCCUCGCUUCAUUGUGAACUGGGAUUGUGUAAAAGCUGGAGAAUACCAUGAAAUAUCUCCGUAUAAUUGUUAUCGAAGCGGAGUAGUUUGGGAUUUCGCCGAGUGGCUGAUAUGCGAUGUGCUGUCACUAGCCAUUUACAGUGACUGCACUGCUUGAGUGGAUUAAAUCUUUCAUCUUUCGAACAAGACACUUCUCCAGUGCCCGCAUGUUCAAUUCGCAUUACGGGCGUCAGUAAAACAUUCGCAAAGCCGCUUGAAAAAGCCCUUAUCAUGUUGUUUAAUAAAUGAGAUCCUGGAAACAUUUCGGCAGCCCGACAAGCUGGCUAUCCCAAACAUCAAAAUUAUACCCCAUCGGCUAAGAAAUGCUAAAAAAAAGUCACAAACAAAAGUCUUUCACAUGCAUCUCAUUUACAAAAUCAUAAUUUCUGGUGCGUUUGCAUAAUCAUGCUAGCUUUCACAGUGCUGUGAGCGCUAAUCACUCACGUCAUGCAGAUAAUGAAUGAUAUAACUAAGUAAAGCGAGCAUUGCGCUAGCUUUUUGUUCUCUAUAGGUUACAAUGCACGUAAGUUUUUGGCGAAUAUUGAGUUAC